CUGCCGCGGUGUCACGUGAGCUAUCGCAGUGAGCACAUUCUUCACUGGGCUUUUGGCCGCGGAGCUUUAUCUCGGAGUUACCACUCUAGCGUCGAUAUUUCCCCGGUUCCAUGGGAGAGGACGAUGAGGAAGCGCGGGCGCUGCUGGAAGGCAGCCCCAGUGAGGCUGGCAGAGGUGCUUCGGCCGUCCCCGCUGUCCCCCGGGCGCUGCCGGCCCUUUGCGACCCCAGUCGCCUGGCGCACCGGCUUUUGGUGCUGUUGCUGAUGUGCUUCCUAGGCUUCGGCAGCUAUUUUUGCUAUGAUAAUCCUGCUGCUCUUCAGACUCAAGUCAAACGGGAUAUGCAGGUGAAUACCACGAGAUUCAUGCUGCUGUAUGCCUGGUAUUCUUGGCCCAAUGUAGUUUUGUGUUUUUUUGGUGGCUUUUUGAUAGACCGAGUAUUUGGAAUACGAUGGGGCACCAUUAUUUUUAGCUGCUUUGUUUGCAUUGGACAGGUAGUUUUUGCUCUGGGUGGAAUAUUUAAUGCUUUUUGGCUGAUGGAAUUUGGAAGGUUUGUGUUUGGGAUUGGUGGGGAGUCCUUAGCAGUUGCCCAAAAUACAUAUGCUGUGAGUUGGUUUAAAGGCAAAGAAUUAAACUUGGUGUUUGGACUCCAACUUAGCAUGGCUAGAAUUGGAAGUACAGUAAACAUGAACCUCAUGGGAUGGCUGUAUUCUAAGGUUGAAGCUUCGUUGGGUUCUGCUGGUCACACAACCCUUGGGGUCACACUUCUGAUUGGAGGUAUAACAUGUGUUCUUUCACUAAUCUGUGCCUUGGUUCUCGCUUACUUGGAUCAGAGAGCGGAACGAAUCCUUCAUAAAGAACAAGGAAAAACAGGUGAAGUUAUUAAGUUAACUGAUGUGAAGGACUUCUCCUUACCCCUGUGGCUGAUAUUUAUCAUCUGUGUCUGCUAUUACGUGGCAGUCUUCCCUUUCAUUGGACUUGGGAAAGUUUUCUUUACAGAGAAAUUUGGAUUUUCUCCCCAGGCAGCAAGUGCUGUUAACAGUAUUGUGUAUGUCAUAUCAGCUCCGAUGUCCCCAAUAUUUGGGCUCCUGGUGGAUAAAACAGGGAAGAACAUCAUCUGGGUUUUGUGUGCAGUGGUUACCACUCUUGCUGCCCACAUCUUGCUGGCCUUCACGCUGUGGAAUCCUUGGAUUGCUAUGUGUCUCCUGGGAAUCUCCUAUUCGUUACUUGCCUGUGCAUUGUGGCCAAUGGUGGCGUUUGUAGUUCCUGAACAUCAGCUAGGAACCGCAUAUGGCUUCAUGCAGUCCAUUCAGAAUCUUGGGUUGGCGAUCAUUUCCAUUAUUGCUGGCAUGAUAUUGGAUACUCGGGGAUAUUUGUUUUUAGAAGUUUUCUUCAUUGCCUGUGUGUCUUUGUCACUUUUAUCUGUGGUCUUACUCUAUGUGGUGAAUCGUGCUCGAGGGGGGAACCUAAAUUAUUCUGCAAGACAAAGGGAAGAAGUAAAACUUUCUCAUGCUGAAUGAGAAGCUUAAAUGACUGUGUCAUGAGAUGGGCUGCACACAUCAUUGGUUUGAAAACUUCUAUUUUUUUUUUAAAUCUAGAGAUUAAUCAUUAGGAAAAAUAAUGGUGUGGAAAGUUUUUAUAUUUAUAUUUCAAAAAUACCUAUUUCAAAGUAUAUUUGUGAUGACUGUUUUGGCCUCUGUCUUAUGAAUUGUGUAUUGCUGAAGAAUUCUACUUUGGAAUGGGCUAAUCAACAGUGAGGUUUAGAAAGUUUCUCUGGUAUAUACAGGUGAACUUUAGUGAGGACAGUAAAUAGUGGAAAACUUGGAUCUUGUAUUGAGAUAAUUUUCAGAAGAAGCAUCUUUAGAUCUUAAAGCAAAAAAAAAAAAAGGGUUUUGAGGGGUAGAAGGGAUAUUUUAUACAGAAUAAACAAUGGCAUGUUCAUAGGCAUUCCCUAUUUUGAUAGGGAAUAUUUGAAAGAUAUUUUUUAUGCAGUCUUUUCAUUUUCACAAAUAGCAGAUUGAAUUCUGCUCUCUUUAGUUAUGAGAGGUUGAUGAGCAGUGACCCUUUUGAACUUCUUUGUAUCUCCAUUACUCAGGACCCUGAUCACUUAGAGAUGUAAUUUUGUGCUAGAGUUUUUUCUUACAAUCUAAUUAAUUACUAAGCAGUAUCCUUGAAAUUAUGCAUAUCUACAUGGAUUAAAACACUGCAAAAAGAAUACUUGAUGUCUUUUAAAACUUGAUUGUUUAAAAGAUAUUAAAACACUGAUUUUAACUGUUAA